CCUAAAGAUCAAGACCUCCAUAUGCUGCGGGAAUGGGACGUAUCUGAGCGCUUCGGAAUUUACGCUCACUUUUGGGAUGCGAGAAAUAGUCGCUAAAGGUCGUUUUACAGUCUGAACCAGGUGCACUGUGGGUAAAAAGUUGCGGUGUGUCAUUUGUGGGAUGUUUGGAAGCGACGACAACCCUGUGUGAUUCUGAUGAGCCGGAAAAGUGAAGAAAAAGGCCUUUGAAAGGGAAUCUCACCCACAAACUGGAACCAGAUUCUCUUUUGGACAUAAUUUGCACACGUUUCCCCGAGGAGACUUACCUUAAGAUCAGAUUGGAUGCAUUUGUCACCGGAUACGAUGAACAUGGUGGACGAUGGCUGCCUCUCAACGGACAACUACCACGACCUGGGUAAAGGUGGCGCGUCGGGGAUGGGAGGCCGCGUCCACAGCAUCGACGUGAUUCUGGGCUUCAGUAAGGACCAGGAUCCUCUGCUCACCCCGGUCGGGCCUGUCGGCACACACAAGGUGGACGGAGUAGAUCUGGGAGAAGAGGAGAAACAAGUGACCUCUGACCCCUACGCUCACCUGCAAAGUCUUCAGGAUAAUUCACAGCAGUCAGCGUAUCACGAUACUGGACUUUUCUCCACAGAGAAAUGCGACGCAGAUUUGGGAGAUCCACGGAGCAGUGUGGAGAGCGACAGCCGCUCCCCAGACGCUCCCGACGAGGAUCAACCUAAAAAGAAACACAGACGCAACAGAACCACCUUCACCACCUAUCAGUUACACGAGCUGGAACGCGCCUUUGAGAAAUCCCACUACCCGGAUGUGUACAGUCGAGAAGAGCUGGCUAUGAAAGUCAACCUCCCAGAAGUUCGUGUUCAGGUGUGGUUCCAGAAUAGGCGUGCAAAAUGGCGGCGACAAGAAAAAAUGGACACAGGAACCAUGAAGCUCCAUGACUCGCCCAUGCUGUCCUUCAACCGACCAGCCAUGGCGCCCAACGUAGGGCCCAUGACUAAUUCUCUCCCUCUGGACCCCUGGUUGUCCUCGCCGCUCUCCAGUGCCACGCCCAUGCACAGCAUCCCGGGCUUCAUGGGACCAGGUCAAAGCCUCCAGCCCACCUAUACAGGUCACCCUGGGUUUCUGAACACUUCUCCAGGCAUGGUGCAGGGAAUGCAACCCAUGCCGCCUCCUCCUUACCAGUGUCCUCCGGCAUUUAAUGAAAAAUACCCGCUGGAAGACGUGGACCGCAGCUCAAGUAUCGCAGCCUUGAGGAUGAAGGCCAAGGAGCACAUUCAGUCCAUGGACAAAACCUGGCAACCCAUGUAAUGGGAAAAUGGGAAGCGUAAUAAUGUUUUAUUGGGAUCUCAUAGACAUUUGGAUGCAUUUUUAGAAAUGACCAGCAUUGGAUCAUUAGGAUUAGGGUUUCAUAGGCGAGACCUGGAAAAAUAAAGCACUGAAAGCUUGUACUCAUUUUAUACCAUCUGGCCAAUAAAUUGAAACACAGUUUGAUUUGAAAGACCUUUGAGGAUAUUUCCAUAACACAACAUGCUUGGAUUUGCACCGACGGUCAAACCUGCGUAGCACAUUGGUUUUGUUUUGCCAACAAACAGGGUUGCCAAGGCAGAAUUGGGCUUUUCUACACUGUUGCUCUCCGUGGGUUAAAGCGUCCUUUCCUCCACCAAAAGGUGAUUUCGAUGGAGGGGAAAACAAUGGAAAAAAGGCGAAUGAGCUCGUUUUGAAUAGCAGUUUGGCUGGAUUUCUCUACGCAGACCUGGCAACCAUGGCAAUAAUGGAUAAACAGUUUGGGAUCGUGGCAUCUAAGGCAUUUCUUACUUUUUACGCAGAUGUCGAGCUCCUUAGGAUUCUGGGUUUCAGUUGGUGCUAAGCUUGUCUGCUCCAGGUUGAAGACUCGCAACAGCAAGUGUGGUACGUUGGCAUAUUUAACAGGACGGUGCAGCUCAGGACAACUGAUACCUCAAUGCCCUUACAGAGGUUAAAUUCAAGUUCUACCAUCUAGAUGAAGAAAUCACUUGACUUUGAUUUAAAAGGAGUGACUCUUAAUGUUUAAAUGAACUGAAAUCUAGUAACAGAAUGUGUUAUUUUGAAUUGUAACUUUACAAGAGUAGCCGCAUUUAUCAAGCCAUGGUUUGAAGACUGUUUCUAAAUCACUAGCACAAAUUUUAUCCGUGCCACAAUCCUGUUUGUCAUUUGACGUGAUCAUAUAAUCAUAUAAAAUGAGUCCGUUUAAUGUUUCAGUGUCUCUAGGGUCUGUUUUCAAUUAAUGAAUGUCAAAUGUC